AGACAAGGUCUUCGCUGGUCACUCAGUGGCACCACUGGAACUAUUUGGUGAAACAGCUGGGCAUGUGGAUUUUCCUGGUUUUUCUCUGCUACCCAAACUGCCUCCCAAGAACCAGCCAACAGCCUAUAAAUAGAGCGCGCCCUGGCUGGUGAACACAUGAGCACAGAGCUGCAGAUACACUGCAAGCUCAGCCAUGCCUCGGCUAUUGCUUCUGCUCUUGCUCUUGCCAUUCUUCUUCGCGGUGUCAACCGCGAAGCCAGAAAAGAUCCUCUCAAGGAGCCAGUUCCCCAAUAGCUUCUUCUUCGGCACAGCGUCGUCGGCCUACCAGUAUGAAGGGGCUGUAAGGGAGGGCGGCAGAGGGCCAAGCAUCUGGGACACCUACACUCACACUAACCCAGAGAAGAUAGCAAAUGGAAGCAACGGAGACAUAGCAAUCGAUUCCUACCAUCGUUAUCAGGAGGAUGUCAAAAUCAUGAAGGAUAUAGGCUUUAAUGCCUAUAGAUUUUCUAUUUCUUGGACAAGAAUUCUGCCUAAUGGAAAACUGAGUGGAGGGAUCAACAUGGAAGGAAUAAAAUACUAUGACAACCUCAUUAACAAGCUAAUUUCAGAAGGAGUUGAACCAUUUGUGACCCUUUUUCAUUGGGAUUCCCCACAAGCAUUAGAACGGCAGUAUGGUGGCUUCUUGAGCCAGCACAUUGUGGAAGACUUCCGUGACUACGCCAACAUAUGCUUUAGGGAGUUUGGAGACAGGGUCAAGAACUGGGUAACAUUCAAUGAGCCUUGGAGUUUCAGUGUUGGUGGCUAUGCCAGUGGUAUAUUAGCACCUGGCAGAUGCUCCUCUUGGAAAAAUUCAGGAUGUAGCAUUGGAGACUCUGGAAAGGAACCUUACAUUGUAGCUCAUAACCAACUUCUCGCUCACGCAGCAGCGGUUCAGGUGUACAGAGACAAAUACCAGGGGAAACAAAAAGGAAAAAUAGGAAUUACUCUAGUCAGUAAUUGGAUGAUUCCAUACUCAAAUUCCAAGAAAGACAAGGACGCUGCCAAGCGUGCACUGGAAUUUAUGUAUGGUUGGUUCAUGGAUCCUUUAACUAAGGGAGAUUAUCCACUCAGUAUGAAAACAUUAGUUGGUAAUAGAUUACCAAGAUUAAUGAAAGAACAGUCAAAGGCAAUAAAUGGAUCGUUCGACUUCAUCGGUCUCAACUACUAUACAGCAAGGUACAUUCAGAGUACCAACUACAGUAACAGUGUAAACAAAAGCUAUAGUACUGAUUCACUGACCAAUCAAACAGUUGAAAGACAUGGGACAGCUAUUGGUCCAAAGGCUGGAUCUCCUUGGCUCUACAUCUAUCCAAAAGGUAUAGAAGAGCUCCUGCUAUACACCAAGAAGACGUACAACAAUCCUACAAUCUACAUCACAGAAAAUGGUGUUGAUGAAAUUAACAAUGAAAACCUACCACUUCAAGAAGCCCUGGUUGACAGUACCAGAAUAGAAUUCUACAGGCAACACCUAUUCCACAUUCAAAGAUCCCUCAAGGAAGGAGCUGAUGUAGGAGGAUAUUUUGCAUGGUCGCUGUUUGACAAUUUCGAGUGGAUGGAUGGUUAUACUGUGAGAUUUGGUAUUAAUUAUAUCGACUACAAGGAUGGUUUGAAAAGAUAUCCAAAGCAUUCCAGCAAAUGGUUCCAGGAUUUCCUUCAUAAAUAAAAUUUUGUACCAUGCAUGUCAAAAGUGUUUUCUAUGGAGCAACAUCAUCAGUGUAACAUCCACAUUUUGUCAUCUAUCCAGCUUCCAGUUGUAUAAGUGAUUCUCAAUAAGUCAAGAUGAGAUAGGUGAUUGGAUUGCGGUUCCCCUGAGCA